AUGCCUAUACCAAUGCUUAUGCCAAUGACUGGGCCAAUGCUUGGACCAAUGCCUAGACCAGUGGCACCAAUGUAUCCUAGAAUGAUGGUGGGACCGAGGCCGAUCAUGCCCUGGAUGCCAAUAAGAGGUGUAGACCCAAUGUACCAUCUAACUCGAGGGCUGGUUGCUGGUCUGAAAAAUCUUGUGAAAGGCAAAACAACGGCACAAACAACGGAGCCACCGACAACAACGACGGUCUCGACAUCGGCAAUACCGACAGAAACAACAAUGAAAGCAUGA